AAGACCAAUCGUUACGUUCUGAACAGUUGGACGUUGGUGAUCAUGACGAUCAGACGCAGGUAUGUACCCGAUUCCGACUAUAACGACAAUUUGCCUUACGGAGGUAAAGUCGUUUUGGCGAAGAAGAAAAAACCACAAAGUUGGAUUUAUACCUUUCUUGAGGUAACUGCCUUCUCAUCCGUUGUCGCUCUUCUGUACUAUUCUUAUUUCCAUUUCGAUCACCUUCAUUUUCACGUCACUCACAUGUAUGCGCAGCUUGGCCAUGCUCACGCACAACAUGCGAUGGGACAUAAAUAUUUGAAUGGAGCAGGAGUUGCAAGAAAUCACACAGCAGCCUUCACGUGGUUUAGGAAAGCUGCAGAUCAAGGGCAUCCUCAUUCUGCCUAUAAUUUAGCAGUUGGACAUAUGCAAGGCUAUGAUACAGACGUAAAAAAAGG